GUGUCUUAAUCAUUAAGGAAACAUCAUGUAACAGUUAUAGAUGGUUAUUAUAUAAAAUUUUCAUAAUGUGUGGUCUAAUAAUAAAAUUACGUUAUAGUAAGUAGCAUUCAUGAAGCUUUAAUUUAUGUAACUUUUAUAUAAUAUUGUUACAUAAAUAUUUCAUAAUGUGUUGUCUUAGAAAGUAACCAGAAAGUAACAUAUGAUUAAAUUGUUAUGGUAAAAUUAGAUGUAGGAGAUAAAUAACUAUUAUAUAAAAUUAUUACAUAAAUCUUUUCUAAUAUGUGGUCUAAUGAUAAAAUCAAAUUUUAGAAAGUAACAUAUAUUUUAGUAAUAAACAUUGAAAGUAAAGGAGUUUCAGUUAAUAAUUAUAUAUUUAAUAACCGAUCUACGAAAUGUUUGUAUAAUGUUAAGUUGAAUGUAGAGAAAAUAUUUAUUGUAUAAUUUCAUUUAAGUUUUAGGCUUAUCGUAAAAUUGGUUGUAGUGAGAUAAAACUCAUAUGAAUAGUAUUGCUAAAGUGAGAAAAAGGGGAUUAUGGUAAAAUUAGGUAUAUGUGAUAAAACUCCAUUGUGAACAGUACCUGUUGAGAAAAAAUCUUAUGUGACCAUUAUAAAUAGAUUACAUAAAAUUUUCAUUAUGUGUGGUCUAAUAAUAAAAUCACAUUAUAGUAAGUAACAUCUAUGAAGUUUUAAUUUACGUAACAUAGAAUAAUUUUAUAUAAAUCUUUCUUAAUAUUUGGUAUAACAAUAAAAUCAAGUUGCUACGUAAGAAAAUAUUUAUUUGGUAAUAAAGUUUAUUGAUAAAUUUAUAUUUUUGUGUUUUUGGUUUUCUUUUUAUCAAAAAAGAAGCUGAAAGUAUAUGCCUUCUUCUCUUCUCUGCCAGUACCCGUCAAAGAUUUGUGAACUCGAAGAACAAAGCAAAUUGUUCAGAAAUCAGAAAAAGAUAAAAAGUAGUAGAUUGGCAUUAAAUGAGCUUGCUUGUUCAGCCCCAGGCAAAAUUCAUUGGGGAAACCUUAAGUAUGGAAGGGAAUAUCAUGGAGCAGCGGGUGUGGAACGAGGUUCGGUUCAGUUUUGACUAGACAUAAUUCAUGAGAAUCGCGGUUCAUUAGUGAAAGACAUCUUAGGAUCAAAGAGCGGACCAUCAUUGCGUUCGGUCUAUUUGGCCCGAUUCAGUCCGAUCAAAAUAUCAGUUCCGUCCAUCAUUUAUUCAGUAAUUGUAAAAUUCAUGUGUACCAAGGACUGGAACGCAUUAUACUUGGUCCGGUGUGGUCCGGUCCAAACUUCGGUUUGAUUCAGUGCGGUGCAGACCCAGACCAGACCAUUCCACACUCCUAGCGCUUAGGUGAUUAAUUCCUAAGUGACCAGUAACUAAUUUAAUUUUUUUGCAACAAUGUGGCUUUUGCUAUUUUUUUCUAAUGAAACAGUAAAAAUAUGUAAAAGUAACUUGUGCUAUUAAUAAUAAUAAUAAUAAUAAUAAUUAGUCAAUCUAACAGACACUUUCCAAUCAUAUUCUAAGUUAAUUGCUCACUGCAACUUAUUUUUUUAGUCAGUAUAAAGUCAUAAAUCUAAAUGAUAGGAGGUUAAAAAGUUUGGACUUUGCUACGGUGACAUGCACUUUUCGGUCGACAUCAUAUAGAAUUAGGUCGGCCUAAUAUGUUGUUUCAGUGUAAAACAGUUUCAUGGUGCCUACUUUGGAGAUUCAUAUCUUACAAUUGGCUAGAUGGAAAUUGGAGAUUAAAGGCUUGUUUUGAAGCUGAAGUGUCCCUCUACACAUUAAAGUACUUGGGAGCUCAAUCGAAAGUCCAAAAGACCAUUUUUGAACCUGACCAAAAGGCUAUGUCAAAACUGGGAAACUGCCUGAAAAUGGCUAAGUCUGGCAACGUGUUUGUCAAGCCUACUUUGGAGCUCAAUUUGAGAAGCAUGGAUGCGAGUCAAGUCCAGAGGCCUCUACCACGUUAAAUUACGUAUUUUAUUAUACAAAGGCAAGGCAUUGGAUGAAAGAUUGAAUAUCUUUAAGGCUUCAAACAAAAGGGUCGAAGUUGCUACGAAGGCUGUUUUUCUGGCAGACUCCAAGCAAGUCUGCCAGAAAAACAGCCUUCGUAGCAACUUCAACCUUUUUGUUUGAAGCCUUAAAGAUAUUCAAUCUUUCAUCCAAUGCCUUGCCUUUGUAUAAUAAAAUACGUAAUUUAACGUGGUAGAGGCUCCUGGACUCGACUCGCAUUCAUGCUUCUCGAAUUGAGCUCCAAAAUAGACUUCACAAACACGUUGCCAGACUUAAGCCAUUUCCAGGCAGUUUUCCAGUUUUGGCAUAGCCUUUUGAUGAGGUUCAAAAAUGGUCUUCUGGACUUCCUAUCGAGCUCUCUCCCACUUCAAUACGUAGAGGGACACUCCAGCUUCAAAACAAGUCAUUAGUCUUCAAUUUCCAUCUAGCCAAUUGUAUGAUAUGAAUAUCCAAAGUAGGCACCAUGAAUUGUUUUUACACUGAAACAACAGAUUAGGUCGACCUGAUCCUAUAUUAGGUCGACCUGAUCCUAUAUUAGGUCGACCGAAUCCUAAAUGAGGUCGACCAGAUCCUAUAUGAGAUCGACCGAAUUCUAAAUGAGGUCGACCUAAUCCUAACUGAGGUCGACCGGAAAGUGCAAGUCAUCGUGACAUGCAUGUCACCGUAGGCACACCCAAAAAGUUUAUAUGUGAGAGAUUUGAACCGUGGUUAUUGAGCAGAGGACUAGAGCUUUAACAACUAGUGUAUUUUCCACACAAUUUAUGUGUGUAAAUUUAAUUCUGUACUAAUCUUGGAAUUCCUACUCACGUUGUGGUGGAUGUUCUCAUUCCUAUAUGUUACCACUAAACCUAGUGUGUAUACUUACAUGCAUCUCAAAAUCAGACUUUAUAAAAUUAAUUAGAGUUACUUUAUUUUCAAUUAUGGGGUUAAAUUCUUGACAAAAAUGCAAUAAAACUUAAAAAUUCUU